AUGCCAGAAGAUUUGGUCAUCUGUCCGGUGGAGCUGUAUGACGUUAUUUUGGGGAUGGACUGGCUGGAGUAUUACAGAGUACAUCUAGAUUGCUACAGAGGUAAAGUGGUCUUCGAGCGAGAUGCAGGGAGGUUGGUGUUUCAAGGAGUGAGACCGACUUCCGGGAGUAUUGUGAUAUUGGUUAUUCAGGCUGAGCAGAUGAUAGAGCGGGGUUGUGAGGCGUAUUUGGCGGCGAUUUCUAUGUCUGAGUCAGGAGGCGAGGUGGCUAUUGGGGAUAUUCGGGUUGCCAGGAGUUUGAGGAUGUGUUUUGGUCGCUGA